AUGGAAAACCGGAUCCACCACGAACAAGACUUGAUUGGUCUUUUGUGGAUUUUGUCCAAAUUGGGCGCUCCACGGGUAUUCCUCCAAAUCGUGAUCCUCGUGUGGUACACCGAUGGGCUUUUUGACCUUGGGGAGGAGUUCCAAUGGCUGGAAUUUUUUGCAGGGGUCGCAAAUUGCACCCUGUACAUGCGCCGUGCUGGGUAUGUUUCCGGCAAAUUUGAUAUAUUAUACUGUGACAAGACGAAGCAGGGCCAGAGAAAAUCUAACUGGCAUGAUCUACUCUCACCUUCGGGAUUUGCGUUGGCACUCGUCUUCAUUCUGAAGCAGAAGACAUCGGAUUGCAUCUCCUGGUUUGCAAUCAAGUGCUCAUCGUUUACAGGUGUCAACCGGGGAACCAGUAAGAGAAGCGCAUGCAACAGCAUUGGUGACCCCAGUGUCUACUCCGUUGGCAUGUCCAAUGCCCUGUUGGAAAGGACAAUCCUCCUUUUGAUGGCCGUUGCUUGCAAAUGUGGAGUUUGGGUACUAGAACAACCAGGCUCUUCGGUUUUGGAGUUUUACCCGGCAUGGCUUCACAUGAUGGAAUACCACUACAAGCUGUUCGGAAACCAUGGAGUCAGCCGCAUCGGCUGGUGGAUGUCAAUGUACGGGAGCCCAACUCCCAAGCGGCAGUACGCUUGGUCCAACAGCACAGACUUAUCCAGUUCCCUUCGCCCAGCGCAUCGUGAACAUCCGUGGUGACUUGAUCCAGGGGAGACCAAUGGAACCUCUUAUUCCAUCACCAUGCCCCCUUGGCCCACAAAUCCUGUCCUCCACUCCAGAGGAUGUGGAAGGCUUGUUUGCCACAGCUGACCUUGGCUCAGUUUACAGGUAUCUCCGGGGCGGGAAAGGCUUGCAGCUACCGCCCCACUGGCGUCCCUACAUGCCAUGUGAGGUGCCCUAGGUGCCCAAAUAUCUACUCAAAUCCCACAGGGGGCUGAAGCUGGCAUAAAC